AUGGUGGCUGCCGAGCUCGCUCGGUUCGACGUCGACGUCAUGUGCUUCGACGCGGCUCAGUCAGCGCUCGCCAGCACAUGCUCGCGAAUCCGGACCACGCUGGAGGAGACGGUGGCGUACCAUCUGCUAACCGAAGACGACAUUCCGCGCAUCAUGAGCCACGUCCAUAUCGCGCCGGACGGCGCGUCGCUCGCCUCGCUCGCCAAUUUGCUCCCGCAGCUCCAGUUUGUCAUCGAGGCCGUGUCGGAGGACGCCGAGAUCAAGACCCGCGUGCUCGGCGAGGCCGACAGGGUCUUUGACAAGAGCGUCAUCAUUGCAAGCAACACCCUAUCGGUCAACAUUGACACCGUGGCAGCGAGCCUGACGUCUGCGCCCGAGCGCCUGCUCGUCUGCCGCUUCCUCGCGCCGGUCCUCUUUAUCCCGCGUGCCGAGCUCGCUCCGUCGAAUCUCACCUCACACAAAACAUACCGCACAACCCAGACGUGGCUGGAGAAGAUGGACAAGCUGCCGUUUCUCCGCCGUAUUGGCUACCGCAUCCUCUCCAUGGACGAUGUCGCCCGCUACCACACCGAGCACCGCGAGAACCACGGGCUCAUCGCGCCCGACACCGAUCCGCGGCUGCGACUCGACUCGGCGACCUCGCACCCGUCCGAUGCCGAUGCCGACGCCACCGCAACUGAGACUGCCAUCGCCGUCAACAUUACGCCGCAGGCCGGGCCCCGCAACGCCUGGCCGUAUCUUGGCGACUUUGGCCCGUACUCGGUCCGCAUGUCCGCGUUCAACUCGGGCGAGCUGCACCCGAUUCCGGUCGCGACACCGUCCGGCGCCGGCGGCACCCUUGCCUUUGCUACACACUCUACCACCGUUACCAUCGAUUCCAAGCUAACCGUCAUCGAGUGGCCUGCCUUGCAUGUGUGCUCCAACUUGGCGUCCGGCUCGUUCGCCACGGUCUACUCGGCCGUAUACCUCGGACUGCCGGUUGCCCUCAAACUUCUCGAGCCGCAAGAGACCGACUCGAUUGCCCGGGUCGAAAACUACGUCGAGGAAGCCGACAUCCUCUCGCGGCUCCGCCAUCCCAACAUCUGCCUCAUCAUCGGCGUGACCGCGUCUACGUCCACCACCCCGCGUCUCGGCCUCGUCAUGGAGCUGCUUGCCGGCGGCUCGCUCGCUCACCAGCUCAAGCUCCGCCAGGGCCCUCCACCUGUCCUGCUCGACCCUGUCGACGUUUGGCUCAUCAUCCGCGACAUUACCCGCGGCCUCGUCUAUCUCCACGCCCGCGAAAUCGCCCACCGCGAUCUCAAGCCUGCCAACAUUCUUGUCGAUCCGCGGGGCAUGGUCAAACUGACCGACUUUGGCGUCUCCGGCGCCGGAAAUUCACUGCAACGCGGCUGGACGCCACGGUAUGCUGCGCCCGAGGUCCACAUCGGCGCUCCUGCCGACUACUCGGCAGACAUCUACUCGCUCGGCCUCAUCGCUGCCGAAGUCGCCACCCUCAACAAGCCGCCCAUCCGCUCCGACAACGCCUACUGUCUUCCUGAACCUGUCGGCCUCACCGAAGAUCUCAACAAGCUGUACAAUGACUGUGUCCCGCUCGCCACGCCGCUCGCCCGGGUCUUUAUCAAGCCGCGGACGCCUGCAUUUGACCGCAUUGCCGCCCGCGAUGCCGGCCACGCCAACGACAGUCCGGCGUGGCAGGGCAUGGCGGCCGAGAUGGCCACCGGCCUUGCCGACGAUCUGGUUGAGGAGCUGCCGUCGAGUGGGUGGGCCUUUGAUCCGGACGCGGCCUGCUGGACGCCUGCGCCGCCGAACGCGCCUCCCUCGGCCGCCGAGCCCGAUGCUGAUCCUACGACGCUGCGCUCGCUCACGUUGCUCACCUACAACGUGCUCAUCCAAAACUAUGACGAUGUAGUGCCGGGCGUGACCCGGGCAGACGCUCGCUGGUCCGCCAUCGUCGCUUACCUCGCCGAGGUCGACGCCGACAUCGUCUCGCUCAACGAGAUCACGCCGGCGUUCCUGGACUUGCUCGGCGCCGACGAGUUUGUGCGGAGCAAGUAUGUGAUGAGCGAGGUCUCGGCAUCGUGUGUAGGCGAAGACUGCGAGGCUCCCAUCGAGACCACUAUCGAGCCGCACGGCGUUGUGGUCCUCGUCGCCCGCCGCCUGGCGCUCGUCUCGCUGCACGCAGUGCGAAGCCGGCUACUGACCCGCAAGCCAUCGCGAGUGGCCGAAUCGUCCAGUCGCGCCUCGAUUGUUGCUCGCAUUGCGCUUGCAAGCGGCAAGUCCGUUGCAGUUGUUGGCACCCACCUCCAGGCCCGCGCCCCAAACUACGUCCCGCGCCGCCAGCAGCUGCGCGACCUGUACCGAUUCCUGGACAUUUCUGGUGACGCUGCACCGAGCUCCGAGGCAGGGCGCACGCUUGCUGUCGACCAGGCUGUCAUUCUCGGCGACUUUAAUCUGCACCAGGAGGCCGAGUCGGCCAUGAUCGAGGCGCCGUACGUCGACGUGUGGCCGCUGCUCCGGCCGGAUGCGUCGCCGGAGGACGGCUACACAUGGGACGGGCGGACAAACACUGUCAUUGCCGCCAUGUGGUGCAAGUGCGAUACCCGCCGCAUGCGCCUAGACCGGGUCAUUGUCUCGCAGGGUGCGUCCGACCCGCUGCGUCCGGCCUCUAUCGAGGUUGUCGCCAAGAGCCAGCUGCCGUCGGCCUCGUACUUUGACCCGGGUCUUCACAUGUCUGAUCACUAUGGACUCGCUGCCACCUUUACCCUUGUCUAGGCCUGCCGCUGCUACAUGACUCCAAUAACAAAGCUACGACGAG